AUGCUCUGUCAAAUCACUCCCAUGAGCAAUCGUUUGGCUUCCUGCUCAACCAACUCGUUCAUCCAAUGUGCUCGUCGAGCUCUCUCCACGAAGCCCACAACGUCAGACGUCGAAGUUCCUCCGGUUAAUCCAAAUCUUCAUCGAGGCAAAGACCAGAGAGACAUCACGUGAGUUUUCUAUUCGAUUAUCCAAUGAAGAUAACAAAUUAUUUAAGAAACAUGGAUCUGCUCGAGGAAAGGAUCCGCCAGCGGGCGGCAGUACGGGAGAUGAAAAUUGGGGAUCAAGUGCAAAGAUGGAAUUACAGAUCAGAGGUUUUUCGGCUUAUAUUUAAAAAAAAAAAUGUUUUUCAGCUUGUGAACAAACACGACCUGGACAAGAACCACCGUAACACUUGGAUCGCCUAUUUUUUCAUCAUCAUCGUCGGUUUCGGCGCCUUCGUCACAGUCAAAUCACAGGUGGAUGAAGCGUUUAAUUUCGGUCCAAUCGUUGCUGUUAGUUUUAUAACCGACCUUUUAAAAUGCGGACAUUUCAGGUGGUUAUGGGAAGGAAGGAAGAGAUGGAGGCUCGUGAGCAACUUCGCCGGGAGCUGAAAUUAACGGGUGUCGACCGGAAAAAGAUUGCCAUCGUCGAAAAUUAA